AUGACUUUGUUAUAUACUCAACCUAUCCACUCUUUCGACCGCACCUGUACAGAAAAUUAUAAUAAUAUCCCUCCGCGGUCUUCUUCGACUUCCCCUGAAAGGUCUUCAAAUAAGGAAACCAUUCCUCGUACGUGUUCAUCUACCCCACCAUCUCCAUCUUAUAACGACAAAGUUUGUGAUCUACCCAGCAUAGUUGCUCCAUGUCCAAAGAAAGCUUUAUAUGCCUAUGCUGGACACUUGUUAAAUAAUAAUUUUUCACCAGUACUACCUACUUUGCAAAACCCAUGGGGGUUGUCUUCGGUGCAAGAGGAUAUGGAGGAUGAUCCUAUGUUCGAAUCUACUGUGGAUCUUUUAGAAUCAAUGUCCGAUGAAGCUCUUGCAUGUGCAGAACUUAUGGAAAUUAUGGGUAAUUCUAGUCGUGGUUCUAGUCGCCCAGUUUCACAAUCUGCUUCUCCAGAUCGUGCUUAUAGAGGCCAUUCAUUGUCUCCAUCAUUUUCAUUAGAACAUGAACAUGAAGAAGAAGAUGAAGAAGAAUCUGCGGCCACCGAAAACGUAAAUGAUAGCAGUUAUACUCACACUGGAGCGAUUGAAAUUGAACAAACGCGACAAAAGCCAGCACUACGCCCUGUUCGUCUUGCUAUAGAUAAUUCUCAUUUGAUAUUUGGUUCUUCUCCAAUUACUCGUGCACAUAAUCCUUUGCCUAUGGAUUCAUGCUUUUCUCCAAGCAAGCGUCAUCACCAUCAAGCUCAACCAUAUCCAUCGCGACCAACUCUUCAUCAAGCUACUAGUAUUCAACGUAAAUUGUGUGAUGCUGUAGCUGAUAUGAAUGUUAGUGGAAGCUCCUUUGAUGAUUCUGCUCAACCCCCUCCCUUAUCCAAAGCUUCUAAAGCGGCAAUUUUGUUGCGCAUCUCCGAAGGUGGUCGACGUAGAUCAUUGUCCGUUGGAAGUGCUGGAUUUAAACCUGGCAGCAAAAUUAUUGGACGUGUCUAA